AACUGCAUUUCAAAUCCAUAGGCUGUAGUUGGCAAUAGCUUGUAGCACUCUCGUCGAACGAGAGCCUUCGUGGCCGCUGGUAUAUGCCCCCUCCAUGCCGUUGGAUAAUUUUUCCACUGCCAGUGCAUGCGGUCAAUAAUGCCAAAUAUAUCGGGGGAAUCGUGGCAUGCUUUGUGAGGACAAAUCAAUUGUUGGGAGCCGUGGGUUGUGAGCGCGCUCAGGUAUUUUGCAUAGAAUGCCUUGCAAAUGUCAUUACAGAAUCAUUUUAAGGAUUCACUGCCAGUGAACUCGGCGAUGUGCAAGUACUCGUUGAACAUAUUAGAACUUUUAUCAGUCGCGAACUAUCAGAGGGUUGAUGCACACUUAUAGUGCCGAAAGCCCUUGGCUACCAAUUCCGUCCGACCAUUGUUGGAAGUAUUUUUCUCGAGCCGCCAAGAUUUCCCCCAAAUCAGACGGCCACUCUGCCCCCGCUAAAUAGGAGUUGAAGGCAUGGCAAAAGCCAGAGAUAGAACUGAGGAUUUUAAGGAUGCUGCGCGCCGAGCAGCACUAAAUUUGGAAUAUGAUGAGGCCAAAAUUGUAGCGAUAAUGGCAUCUUUUAUUAUGCAUAAAUCUUUGGAAAGGUCAAUAUUCACCAAAGCUGCACUGAAAACGCUUGAAAGUAUUAGAGCAUUAGAGCAGUUCCUCUUGAAGCAUAAAAAGGAUUAUGUAGAUGUACACCGAAUUACUGAAAAAGAGAGGGAUAGCAUCGAGCAUGAGGUUACAGUUUUCAUCAAAGCCUGCAAAGAGCAAAUAGAUGUUCUCAAGAAUAGCAUAAAUAACGAGGAAGCCAAUUCAAAGGGAUGGCUUGGUAUAAGGAGUGACAGUUCAAAUGCAGAUACCAUAGCUCACAAACAUGGAGUGGUAUUAAUCUUAAGUGAAAAGCUUCACUCAGUAACAUCCCAAUUUGAUCAGCUUCGAGCUGUACGCUUUCGAGACGCCAUCAAUCGGGUGACACCAAGAAGAAAACUCAAGCCGAAAGGCCCUACUGUUGCAGAGAGCUCAACUUCUGGAAACAUUGACUCCAGGGAAGUAAGCAAUACAGGAAUCAGGCAGACAGAUGAUGCUCAAGCACAGCCAAUUAGAUUCCAGCAACAGUACUUAGAUGAUGAGACACACGCUCUUCAGGUAGAGUUAGCUACCAUGUUAGACGCUGUUCAAGAUACAGAGACAAAGAUGGUGGAAAUGUCUGCACUGAACCACCUCAUGUCUACUCAUGUUUUGCAACAAGCCCAACAGAUAGAAUUUCUGUACGAGCAGGCAGUUGAGGCUACAAAUAAUGUGGUGCUUGGUAAUAAAGAGCUGUCGCAAGCCAUCCAAAGGAAUAGCAGUAGCAGAACAUUUCUUUUGCUCUUUUUAUUUGUCCUUACCUUUUCAGUUCUCUUUCUUGAUUGGUAUAGCUGAUUUACAUUUUUUUCCUAUUUUUCUAUAUUUCAAAUGGUAUGGCUGAAUUAGACACAAUUGAUUGUCCAUGUUAUACGAAAUUGUACUGGAGUAGGACAUAAAUUUAAGUACAGUACUUUAUAUGAAUUUGCACAGUAUCCCGGUUUUUUAUUUCA